GCCCACGAGAGCUUGGACGCCGAGGUGGUAGAAAAGAUCGACGAUGCCCUUGACAUCGUCAAGGUCGGCUAUCAUCCUGACUUGUCACUGCUAGCUGCGCACAUCAUGGCCGUCACGGGCAACGAGAAGGCGAGCUUUCAAGCUUUGGUGACGGUGUACCGAAAGUAUCAUCUGGAGGGUUACUUGCAGGGCGACACCACGCAGGAAGCGCUGGGACAGGAUGCGGCCAAGAUCUGGGAUGCAGCACAUGUGAACUUCACGAUUUGGCCUAUGCGUUUGAGUCGGCUGUGA